AUGGCUCAUCCCUUCUUUCUCUUUGUGUUUAAUGCAGGAUCCCUGGUGAGAUCCCGUUGGCUGAUGAUCCCCCUGCUCGUGCAGGCCUGGCUCUUGGCUUCCCAAGGCAGAGUCCGAGAGAAACCAUGUCCCCGAAGCUGCCGCUGCGAUGGCAAAAUAGUGUAUUGUGAGUCAAAUGCCUUCCGUGAUGUGCCAAAGAACGUUUCCAUUGGAUGCCAGGGACUUUCUCUGCGGUACAACAGCUUGGUGAACCUCAGGGCUGGUCAGUUUGCCAGCCUCAGCCAGUUGGUCUGGCUGUACCUUGACCACAACUACAUCAGUGGAGUGGACAAACAAGCCUUUCAGGGUGUUCAAAGACUAAAGGAGUUGAUCCUCAGCUCCAACAAGAUCACUCAUUUGGAAAACAGCACGUUCCAUUCGAUUCCCAACCUACGAAACCUGGACCUCUCCUACAACAAACUUCAAAUCCUGCAGCCAAAUCAAUUUCAAGGCUUGCGCAAACUGUUGAGUCUCCACAUCAGAUCAAACUCCCUCAAGACGGUUCCUAUGCGAGUGUUUCAGGAUUGUCGAAAUCUGGAGUUCCUUGAUUUGGGGUAUAAUAGACUGCGGAGUCUAACUCGUAAUGCAUUUGCGGGGCUUCUCAAACUGACCGAGUUACACUUGGAGCACAACCAAUUCUCAAAGAUCAAUUUUUCUCAUUUCCCAAGGCUGAACAACCUCCGUGCUUUGUAUCUGCAAUGGAAUCGGAUAAAGUCGAUAACCCAGGGAAUUACAUGGACCUGGACCUCUUUGCAAAAGCUGGAUCUCUCUGGGAAUGACCUGCAGGUGUUGGAUUCGAGCAUCUUCCAGUGUCUCCCCAACUUGCAGACUCUUAAUCUGGACUCUAAUAAAUUAAGCAACGUGUCUCAAGAGGCCAUCUCGGCUUGGAUCUCGCUUACUACUAUCAGUCUUGCAGGAAACAUUUGGGAAUGCAACCCCAGCUUAUGCCCUCUUGUAGCCUGGCUGAGGAACUUCAAGGGGAACAAAGAGACCACCAUGAUUUGUGCAGGACCGAAGGAGAUUCAGGGUGAGAAAGUCAUCGAGGCCCUUGACACGCAUGGAAUAUGCAAGACAACCCCCACCCCUUAUCUGACGAUCUCCUCUACUGUAAGUUCCCCAUCCAAACCCAAACGUUUCCCCCUGCCCACUAUGUUCAGGGUAAAUGAGAAAAUAACUCGGAACAAUGCUGUUGCACCAUCUCCGACGGCAGCAUCCCCACCUGUCCCUGAGCAGGACUUUGAGCAUGUUUCAUUCCACAAGAUAAUAGCCGGCAGUGUCGCCCUCUUCUUAUCCGUGGCCAUGAUCUUGCUAGUGAUCUAUGUCUCCUGGAAGCGUUAUCCCAGCAGCAUGAAGCAACUGCAGCAGCAUUCCAUGGUGCGAAAGCGCCGGAAAAAGGCACGGGAGACAGAGCGCACCCUCAGCUCUCCGCUUCAGGAAUAUUAUGUGGACUACAAACCCACAAACUCAGAAACCAUGGACGUACUGGUCAAUGGGACAGGACCCUGUACCUACACCAUCUCCGGCUCCCGAGAAUGUGAGGCCCCGCAGCAGAUGAGCACACUGGCCUUCUACAGGUACGAGCAGCCCAUCGUGGACUAUUGCCAGGCUCAUCAGCCGCUGCACAUCAACAGAGGCUUCGAGCCGCCGCCACCGCCGCCGUCCCAGAGCCUGGAGGGGCUGAGGGCACGCGAACACCUCCACCCUUCAGUGCCUGCAGCCCCUCGGACAGACACCCACACCCUGCCGCAGUGA